GCGGGUGCCGGGGCUGCCGCUGCUGUUCCUGUUCAAAGGGGUGCUGCAAAUGGAGCCGCCCACGAAGCAGUCGAAAGCUGCUGCUGCUGCUGCGCAGCGCAGCAAGACAGGGGCAGCAGCAGCAGCAGCUGCUGCUGCUGCUGAGAAGCAGCGGCUGGCCCGCCAGAGGAAGCAGCUGCUGCAGCAACUGCAGCAGCAGGGCGAAGACUGCAGCGUGCUGCUUCAGCAGCAGCAACAGGAAGAACUGGAGCAGCAAAAGGAACAGCUAAAAGCAGCAAAAAAGAAAAAGAAGAAGAGGGGAGUCAACCCGCUGUCUUGCAAGAAGACCACAAAGAAGAUAAUUGAGAGCCCUAAGCUGUCGCAAGUCAAGAGGGUUCGUUCGCGACUCCUGAAGAAGCCGAAGGAAGAGCCCGGCACAGAAUGA